AUGUUUAAACUAUUCAAAGAUCUCACAAGACCUCCUGAGACCUUGGCGCCACCACCGAUAGCCUCGCCUGCGACGCCCUUACCAUACGCAGCCAGGACCCGACCAACAAAUAGAGAUAGGGCACGAAGUAGAUCACCAGGUUCGGUAGCGGGCAGUAGGACAAAGUCUCCUGCUCCACAUGAUGUCACAGCUGGAGAUAGUGGAUGGUCAGUAGGAAUUGAUAUUGGUAGACAGGAGGACGUUGAUGAUGAAGAAGAUGAAACUGAUCCUGAUGCAAUCAAAGUCGUCGAGCUAUUAAGGGAAUUAAGAAGUUUAGAAGAAGGUACAGAUGUAAUGCGUUAUGUGGAAAUACUUUCUCAGCUAAUCUCUAUCCCUGGUCAUUUCCUAUCUCGAAGAGCAUUCCGACGACACACUGGAUUCAGAACUCUCCUCUUGUGUCUGGGUGACGGGUUAGCUUGGUCCUCAAAGGAAGAACUGAAACCCAUCCCGAGCGAAGAGGAAUGGCAAGUACGAGAAGUGCAGCGAAUGGAAGGUGUAAGACUGGCUCUAGAAGUACUGGCAUGGGCAUUAGGUGAUAGAUUGGGAGAAAUCCAUUUCGAGAAACUCGGCGGUCACAUGCUAUUAUUACCAAGUUUAUCUCGACUCACACCCCCUCAAACCCCAUCUGGAUUUCCAAAUUCCUCAGUCAUUGCAGCCAUCCUCGCUCAUAUCUGUAAUAACAAUUAUUCAAUUUUGUCCCUUUUCCAAUCUCCUCCUACCGCUACUUCUGAUCAACCUAUCGCUUCUCUCUUAACACGACGUCUUGGCGAACUCAACAUAAGACCGUCGACUAGUGGUGGAUUGAAACUCCUUUGGGCGUACAUCAGAGGUGAUAAUUCUAAAGGAAAAGGUAAACAAAAACCUUUGAAUAUAUCAGGCCAAUUUGAAGGAGAACAUGGUUCCGAUCAAGCGAAAUUAAUAGAAUUGACAUUUUACGUUCUUUCGGCUGUGACUCAAGCUUCAACUCUGAAUCUAUUCUCCGUCGUCACUCAAUUACCUCAACUUUCCGAGUUCCUCUUAUUACGAUUAUAUGGUCCAGCCGAGAAAAGAUCUUACGUGGUAACUUUCCCUCCGAGAGACGAUUGGAUUCAAUAUGAUCCUCCUACCGAAGAUGAAAAGGCAGAAAAAUGGAUAGCCCCUAACGAAAGUCUGAGAAAAGUAUAUUUAGCUUUAUUUAGACGAUUGCUCGAAGCUGGAAUCACUCAAACCUUGAUUUGGAGAUUGUAUGGUUUAGUCAAAACCAAUUCUUCCGUUGUAGGUGAACAGAAUAACACCAACGGAUCGUCUAACACCGAUUCUUCAAUCAAUACAACAGAAAGAGACUCUUCCGAAAUGAUCUCUUCUCCUGAACCAAUGCUUGAAAUUCCAAAGAUCAAGCCGAAAGGUAAACCGAAUUUACAUGUUGACGUUGAUCGACUUCCGCCCGAUGAAGAGAAAUUACACCUUGAAGUUCUUGAUCUACUGAAACAUGCUAUGAAAUCGCGUUGGCCCGAUGUUUUCGUUUUCAGGGGUGGGAAUGGUGAUACAUUAGGUGGACUACAAUUGAAAGAGACCGGAAAACCUUGGAUGGGAGGUCAUAAGGGUUUUAACUUCUCUUGCUGGUUACAUAUAACCAAACUCAAUCAACCUCUUACUAUAUUUCACAUGUCUCAGAAAGGUUCCAAACAACCUAUAUUCCAAGUUCGAAUUCUGGAAAGUUCUCAAAUUGGAAUAAUGACAUCUGUUCAUACUGCCGAAACUGCUAGCACAAGCACGCCGUCCACGCCCACAACGGAAACUCCACCAUCACCGAGUGAUGGAGAGCUGGUAUGCGGCGCAAAUGACGCUCUGAUACCUCAUUUCCAAUGGGUGCAUUUCGCCAUCGGCUGUAGAAAACCAAAAGGAGCAGAUCUAGGUGAAGUCCGGAUUUUCGUUAAUGGUCAAAGAGUUGGUGUGAUGAGAAUGCCAUUCCCUACCCCUGCUACAAUCCCUCCAACUCAAGCGCCUCAAUUAGGUGUAAAACCUCCUACGCCAACGGAUGCGAUAAGAAUAGCUAUCGGAAGGGAAUACAAGCCAGAAGAAGAAGAAAAAGCGCCCAACAAGCCCACUUCCGUGGGGAGAGAAGAAGAAAACGAAUGGAUGCUAGGAAGGACUUUAUUGUUGGAAGAAGCUGUUCCAGAGGAUCUGAUCAGGCUUUUACAUCAUCUUGGGCCGAGGUAUACUGGUAAUCUGCAGGAGCCUCUAGGCAAAUUCCUCACUUAUGAGGGUGCAACAUCAAUCAACAUAUAUUUGAGUAAUCUCGCUCGAAUAGGUAACGAUAAAAAGAUUUUCACCCAUUCUUCCAAUUCAAUUCUCGUAAGAGCUAUAAGAUCCGGUCCCGCAAUACCGGAAGAUAUUAUCCUUCUAUCUUUAGCAGCAAGAGAUUAUGACCCUUCUCUCGGAGCGUGUAUAAAUGCUGGUGUGCCACAUCCAGUACGUGCCAAACAACUUAGGCAUGGUACAGCUAGUCUUGUGGGAAACGUUAGACCGUUCUCAGCAGUCUUCCUGGACGAAAGUACAACUUCCGUUGGAGGCGGCCUGGUCCUCCUCAAGUUGAUUGAUUUGAGUAGGACAAAAGAGGAAUUGACAGCCACCUUAGGAAUGUUGAGGGACAUGAUCAGGGAUAGUUGGGCAGCAAGUGAAGAAAUGGAACGAAUUCACGGAUUUGACCUCCUUGCUGCUAUUCUUCGACCCAAAAUGUCCCAAUUGUUUGAUGAGCAGUGUGCGAAGAUAUUGCUUUCUAUGUUGGGUAUAAACAUGGACAAACCAGCUACUGCCACCGUCCACAACUCUGUCGCUUACCGAGCGAUCGGAUUGGAAUUCGAACUAUGGUCUUAUGCCUCUGAUGAUGUCGUGAGGUUCUAUUUGAAACACUUUGAAUACCUACUAUCGACAUCCAAACAUAAACGUUUCAACGUAUUAAGAACAUUUCAGAAAUCAGCUGUAGUGAAGAAGAUGCUGUAUGCGCUGAGGUCAGGUCUCUUUGACCUGGAAGUCGUACCAGAUGUAGUCGAUGCUCUGAGACUGGCUCUUGAUGCUAGAUGGAGCGGUGAAGACGCCAUUAAACCUGUCUUCUCGUAUUUGGUGUCUGCGUUGUGUCAAAACAACAUGUCUUUCACUCUAAAUCCUGCCAGUGAACCACCUCCUUAUCAAGUCCCCGCCGCCUUAAUACUCAGUAUGGUUGAUACACUCUGUUCCGACAAAUCGCGCUUGAAGAAGUUAAAUAAAUCACUUGCUUUACAUCGAUUAUUGGUCAUUUUCCUUUCCUCGAAUUCAUCUUAUUAUGUUGUUAUACCAUGCCUGGAACUGCUAGAAAAGUGUAUAACGACAUCUGGUGCAGACAAUUUCCAGAGAUCGUUUGAAUCAGAAGGUGGAUUCGCUCUUUUAGCAACAACACUGGCUCCCAUUUGGCGAUCAGAUAUACAGACCAUGGUGAUACGCAUAAUGCUCAGUGAAGGUGAAAGUGGUAAACUGCAAUCGCCGCAUAUGGCCACUUGUCUACUGACUGCUUUAGAUUAUCUACUUCAGCAAGCUGGGGAUAGUGAGGAACCAGGUUUCGUACCUUCUUUCCAGGGUAGGAGGAAGUCUAUGACUUCAAUUCGAUCAUUCAGUUUCGCUACUUUGACAGCAGAUGAUACUGGAGAUGAGGACGAUAACAGGCUCGGUCUGUUACUUAUUGAGGUGGCAUCCCUUUUUCGUACUUCAUCUGGAUUCAGAAAACAGAUUAAUGCAAAGAAAAUCGAAGCUCUGCUGCCGAACAUGGCCGAUUUUGCUGCUGUCUCGGGUGGAUCAAAUGGAAAACCUGAAAUCAUAAAAGCACAGAGGGAAGCUGCAGUGGAAUACCUACAAGUGUUGAUUGAUUUAGCUGAAUUACCCAUCUCUAUGGUCAAUCAAAUGAAACUAAUCAUUGAACAAUUGCAAACUUCGACAACUUCCCCCAAAACAAUGUCAUCUUCAUUCAUCAUGUCACCGCCUUCGCCUCGGAUAGGUGGAUCAUCAUUCUUCGGUCAAUCACUCACCAGCAGGUACGGAUCUUCACCCAUUAGUACGCCGGGUAUCGGUCCUGGUGCUCCCAGAAGAAGACCUUCAGUAGAUAUGCCCGGCUUCACUAAAUCCAGACCAAUAAUGGAUAAGAGAAUACCUCUAAAAAGAGUCAUCACAGGUGAAUCGAUUUUAGAAGGUGGGAAAGACAAGAAUGCAGCUUGGAAAAUGAUCAUCAUACAAACGGACUCCCAAAGCCAUUCGAAGAUGACAUUAGAGAGGAAAGAGCACUGGGAGAAACUUUCUCAGAUCGACUGGCCAAGACAAGCUGCUUCGUUGAGAGCAGAGAACGGAUUAUGGCCGGAGCAGGAAGACAAAGUCACUUGGCGUUUGGAUGGUAGCGAAGGGCCUCUGCGAAUGAGGACUCGCCUGGAACGAAUUACCAAUCUUCCCGAAAAUGGGGUAUCCCGCACGCGACAUAAAUUGCGAGAUGCCAUUCCAUCUGUGGAUGAGCUUUCUUCUGCGGUUUCUCGGAUGAAUGUCGCGCCUUGGGAAGAUCCUUUUGCGCUAGCAUUAGGAGAAACAGAUCCGAUAGCAGAAGAAGAACCUUUCUUGCUUCCUCCCGCGCCAUCAGGAGGAGUAGCUACGCCAAAUGGGUCAAACUCCAAUCAAGCUCCCAGUGUGGCUUCCGAAGAAAAUGCGGAUAUCGAUAGUUUUGUUGAAGUGGAAGAUGAUAAAGACGAUAAGAUGAGAAGAAUAGCCAAGACUUUGCAAGCUGGUGAUGUGGUAGAAGAAGCUCAUAACAUUGUUCGGAUCGUUGGCGUGGAUGCUUGUCCUGGUUUACUGAUUCUCGGCAAAAAGAACCUAUACCUUGUUGAUGGUUUGGUCCAAACUGGUGAUGGCGAAGUAAUCGACGCGAAAGACGCUCAACAGGAUGUUUUAUCUAUCCCUUCGGGCACUUUGGCAGGUUUGGACGCAGGUGACCAACAAAGUCAUCGAUGGUCAUAUACCGAGAUAGUGGAGAACAACAAGCGAGCUUUCCUCUUCCGAGAUGUAGCGCUGGAACUCUACUUUUCGGAUAAACGAAAUUUUUUGAUUGUCUUCAAGGACAGAAAAGAACGUCAAGCAGUUGUUCAAAAGAUCGGUACAAAGAAUGACCAUAGAGAUGCAAUAUCGAGAUCCGUCAUUGGCAAUUUUGUGGUCGACACGGUCACCAAAGCUAUCGAUAGAUCUGAGCAACAACUAGAAGCUUUGAUGAAGAAGUGGCAAAGUAGAGAAAUUAGUAAUUUCGCGUACCUACAAUUGCUGAACCAAUAUGCAAAUCGAACACCAAAUGACGUUACGCAAUAUCCCGUGUUUCCGUGGGUAUUAGCAGAUUACACUUCCGAUAUACUUGAUCUCCGAUUAGAUAGCAGUUUUAGAGACUUCAAAUGGCCGAUGGGAGCCCUUACUCCUGGUAGAAGGGAAGAUGCUGUGGAAAGAUAUAGUGCAACGGAAGGAGUAGGAGAGAAACCUUUCCAUUAUGGUACUCAUUAUACUUCUUCGAUGAUUGUCUGUGGUUUUAUGAUCCGUUUGUCACCAUUCACCGAGAUAUUCUUGGCGUUACAGGGAGGUAAUUUCGAUCUCGCAGAUCGUUUGUUCUCAAGCAUACCACGAGCCUGGGAGUCAGCUUCGGCGGACAAUCGAGGCGAUGUCAGAGAACUUAUUCCUGAAUUCUUUUACAACGCUGCAUUCUUGCGGAACUUGAACCAUCACGAUUUCGGAAGAAAGCAAACUUCUGGCGACCAAGUAGAUGAUGUUGCUCUGCCAUCCUGGGCAUUGGGUGAUCCUUUGCUUUUCAUUCACAAACAUCGUGAAGCACUCGAAUCAGAUUAUGUUUCCCGUCAAUUGAAUUACUGGAUCGACUUGACUUUCGGAUAUAAACAACGUGAUCCAGCAGCUCUCAACUGUUUCCAUCCGUUAUCGUAUCGAGGGGCCGUGGAUUUAGAGAAUAUAGAAGACGAAAGUGAAAAAGCAGCAUCCACAGCUAUAAUACAUAACUUCGGUCAAACACCUUUACAAAUCUUCAAACAACCUCAUCCACAUCGAUUUGUAGGGGGAAGAAGUUCAUUGCCUGUUUCAACAAGAUUUGGUGUUGCAGAACAUUGGCAGCUACUAUUCAGAAGUAUUUUACCUAUCUCAGAAUCAAUAGUUCCGAUAGAUGAUAUUGUUCCUCCUUACGGAGUGGAUACCAAACCCAAAUCCACUCAAAAAUUCAGAUUGAUCGUACCGGGUCAUCAUCAUUUAUCGCUACAAUACGGAUUCACGGACGGCUCCAUACGAAUAUAUUACCAAGAAACACAAGUCAAGCUUAUUCAUCUGGUGGAAGGUAUCUUCGCUGUUGACGCCAUCUUCGCAUUGCCUACUCUCCUGGUCACUGUGUCGGGUCAAGGUGUCUUGACGGCCUGGCGACUCACAAUUAAAUCAGGUGGAUAUAGACGAGGAGAAGCGACUUUGCAAAGGGAAGCCACACUUCGAGGUCACGUAGGGAAGAUCACAUGUCUUGCUGCGAAUACUUCUUGGAGUUUACUUGUUAGCGGAUCAGAUGACGGAACUGCCCUUGUAUGGGACACGAAUAGAUUGCGAUAUACUAGAACACUGCAAACUGGAAGAAAAGAGCCGAUCAAAUUCUGUGCGAUUAAUGAAGCUGAUGGUCACAUAGCUCUCGCAUCUGCUCGACAUCUCUACCUCUUCUCACUCAAUGGCUAUCCUAUAGCUUCAGCUACCGUCGAAGAGUCCGCUCAAGCUUCAAACGCAUCGUCCUCCUCCGCUGAAACAGAUUAUCAGGUCCACUUUACUGGUGGAAUCUCAUUCUUAAACAGAGAGUUCUUGAGUUCAGGCGUAAUGUUCGUCACAGGAGUAGGAGCCAAAGUUGUCCUGUAUCAAUGUGUACCAGGACAAAAGGAAUGGAUGUCACCUCAAGACGAAGUGACUAAACCUUGGACUCUGAUUGAACAGGGGACAGUUUCAAGGUCAGAUGAUCAUCUAAGUGGUGACUGUUGUAUGGUGAAAUUCAUGGGGGAAACCUUGUAUGCAGCUUACCAGCCUUCAGAUGACAAAGUCAAGUAUAGCUUAUAUCAAUGGUCUUUGCCUGAUGGACCGGCAAGACAUGUAGCGGAAAAUGUAUCCCACAACUGUAUGGCUCAAGCAUGUUCUAGACAUUUCGGAUUAUUGGAACCGAAACGACAUUGUGGUGGUUGUGGUGGGGCUUUCUGCGGUACACACGCUCUCCAUGUUGAGACGUUCACAAUGAGAUAUUGUGAUAGCUGUAGGUUACAAUUAUCAAUAGCGUCAGCACAAGGCAUCCUGCGAUCUGGACGAGGAUCUUUAGCGCCUCCAUCAAGAGUUGCUUCAAGACGGAAUUCACUUGUAGGACAUUCGAGAAGACCAUCGGGUGAUGUGAGAGCCCCUAGUCAACCGCCGUCAAGGAGAGGAUCGGGUGAUAAGAAUGCUGGAGCUUCAAUGCCUCAUGCAUGA